CUGGUGACAUAGAAGAUGGUAACAGGCCCUUUCUCCGUUCCACCCUCUCCAGAGGCUCAGAUCACCAUGAUGCAGCAGCGGAUUGAGCGCUUGACUCUGCUCAAUGAGAAGCAAGCGGCUGACCAGCUGGAGCCCAAGGAAAUGGAGGAGCUGCGGGAGAAGAACGAGAGCCUGAUGCUGCGCUUGCACGAGGCUCUCAGGCAGUGCCAGGACCUGAAGACCGAGAAAGGCCAAAUGGACCGAAAAAUCAACCAGCUCUCCGAGGAGAACGGGGACCUUUCCUUCAAGCUGCGGGAGAUCGGCAGCCACCUGGUGCAGCUGCAGGAGGCCCUGAACGAGCUGUCGGAGGAGCACAACGCGGUGGCGCAGGCGCAGGAGAAGCAGGGGCAGCUGGAGGGCGAGCUGCGUGCUGCCCUGCACGAGAAGAAAUGCUCGGAAGAGAUGGUGGAGAUUCUCCGGGGGAAGAUUUCUCUGCUGGAUGACCAACUGGCCAAACUGGGGGACAGCAGCGCCCAGGAGAAGGGAGAGGUCAUGGGGGACGUCCUGAAGCUGGAGGAGCUGAAGCAGGAGGUGUCCGGCCUCACUGCAAAAGGGGCUGAGCUCCAGGCCACUGUCCUGCAGCUGGAGGAGGAGAAGCAGCAGCGAGAGGCAGCCCUGCAAUGCGAACGCGGCCGCUUCGAGGAAGAGAAGCAGCAGCUGGGCAACCUCAUCGCCAACCUCCAGAGCUCCCUCUCCGAGAGCCAGCGGGCCCAGGAGGAGCUGCAGCAGGACCUGCGGGCGCGGGAGGCCGAGGCGGCGGCCAGGCACGCGGCGGAGGCCGAGCGGCUGGCCGCCCUCGACGCCCAGCACGAGAAGACGCUGCGGGAGAGAGAUUCAGCCCUGCAGCAGCUCCAGCAGCUCGGGGAGGCCAACGCCGCCCUGAGCAGCCAGCUGCAGGCCGUGGCGCAGGCCCGCGACGCCGGGCAGGCCGCCUGGGCGGAGGAGAAGGCUGAGCUGAGCCGCAGGGUGAGCGAGCUGGAGGGCAGGAUCCUGGAGCUGGGGGCCCAGCAGCAGCAGCAGGGAGCGGCGGAGGAGCUGCGAGCGCGGCUGCGGGAGCUGGAGGGCAGGCUGCGCGACAGCCAGCAGAGGCUGGCCGACAGGGAGAAGCUGGCACGGGAGAACAUGCGCCUGCAAGAGCGGCUGCUCUUCCUGGAGGAAUCCCUGCGGAACACCGAGGGGAUCCUGGAGGAUGAGAAGAGGCGAGCGGCCGAAAGCCUGGAGAGCAGCCUGGCCAGGAUCGCCGAGCUGGAGGCAGAGAGGCAGCAGCUGCAGCGGGAGCGGGGUGAGGAGCCGGCCGAGCGCCGGGCGCUGGAGGAGAGCGGGGAGAAAGAAACCGGAGCCUCCGCCGCCGCCCGAGGGGAGGACGGCGAAUGUGCGCGGCUGGAGGAGGAGAUGCGGGCGCUGAGCCGGGAGCACGGCCGGGUCUGCCAGCAGCUGCGAGCCGAACAGGAGAAGGCGGCGGUGCUGGAGACGCGGGCAGAACGCCUGGCCACCGAGCACCGGGAGAAGCUGGCCGCUCUCCAGGCCGACCUGUCCAGCGCCCGGGCGCAGGCGAAGGAGAAGGAGGGCGAGGAGCAGAAGCUGAGGGCCGAGGUGUCCUCGCUGCGGGAGAGGGUGGCCAUCACCGAGCAAGCCGCAGCCCAGCGCGUGGCCGGGCUGGAGGCCGAUGCCCGGCGAGCUGCCGAGGCGCUGGAGGGGCUCUCCCAGCAGCUCUCCCAGGAAAAGCUCAAAUCCAAGGAGCUGGAAGCUGCCGCGGAACGGCUGCGGAACGCGGAGGCCGAGCUCUCCCGGGCGGCCGCCACCGGCCGGCAGCGGGAGCUGGAGGUGGAGGUGGAAAUGAAGAAGUUGUCCGGGGAGGUGACGCUGCUGGGCGCCCGGCUGGAGGAGACGCUGCGGGAGCACCAGCAGGACCUGGCGCGCUGGGAGGAGGAAGCCGAACGCUUGCGGCAGGAGGUGGAGCGGGCCAAGGCGGAUUGUGCCGCCGAGCGAACCCGCAAGGCGGAGCUGGAGGUGAAGCUGCAAAACUCCCUAAACGAGCAGAGGGUGGAGCGGUCGGCGCACCGGGAGGAGCUGGAACGGUCCCGGGAGCUGCUGGAGGAGAAGGACGGGGAGAUGGAGGAGCUGCGGCGGAAAAACGUCUCACAGGGCGAGGAGCUGAGGGACCUGCAGAAGACGGUCAGCAAGCUGAAAGGAGAGCUCGCCGCAGCCAAGGUGGACAACGAGCCGCGGGAAAGGGACGGUGUCCAAGCCACCUGCUCAAAGGAUGCGUCUGUCAAAAGCUCGGAGAAGAAAACCCAUCCCAGGGAGCAGGAACCCGGCUCGAACCGGGACCUUCCCCCGGAGAAGCUGAAGGAGAUGCAGGCGCUGCGGUUGCGAGUGGAAGGGCUGGAGCAGAAGUGCAGGGAGCAGCAGGAGGUCAUGGCCGCCCGCGAGCGAGCGGCGGCCGAGGCGGCGCUGGUGGAGCGAGCGGAGCUGGAUGGCUCAAGGAGGGACGCGGCCCAGCAGAAGGAGAAGGUGGUGGAGCUGCAGAAGCUUCUGGAAGCCUCGAGGUCGACGCAGGCUCUGCACGACGCCACUGUGGACGCCCUGCGGAAGGAGCUGCAGGAGAAGGGCAGGGAGCUGAGCCAGAGCAAAAGCGCCGCGGCCGCCGCCGAGAAAGAGCUGGCGUCCCUCCGCUCCGCCGCGCAGGAGAAGGGCCGCUCCGAGGAGAACUGGAAGGAGCAAGUGUCCCAGUGUGUCCAGGAGCUGGAGAGGAAGAACAGCCUGAUCGGCAGCCUGGAGCACGAGGUUUCCAUCCUGCACCGGCAGGUGACGGAGAAGGAAGGGGAGAGCAAGGAGCUGAAGCGCCUGAUCCUGGCCGAGUCGGAGAAGAGCAAGAAGCUGGAGGAGAGGCUGCGGGUGCUGCAGACGGAGAUGGCCACCGCCGCCUCCCGCGCGGCCGAGAGGUGCUCGCUGAUGAAGGUGGAGGUGCAGCGGUGCCAGGAGGAGAUGGAGAAGCAGCGCUUGGCCAUCGAGGCUCUGAAAAGGGACCGGCAUUGCCAGAGCCAGCGGGAGGACGAGCUGCGCCAGGAGGCGAAGGUCUGCCAGGACAAGUGUCUGCAGAAGGAGCAGCUCCUGGCCGCGCUGCAGCAGGAGCUCGGCGCUGCCCAGGCGCUCGCUGCCGAGCUGCCGGCGCUCAAGCUGCUUUACCAGCAGCUGCAAGCCGAGCGCGCCUCCCUGGAGAGCCAGCACCGGCAGGACCUGGAGCAGCGGGGGAAAACCCUGGCCGCCCUGCAAGCGGAGCUGGCGCGGGCCAAGCUGGAGGCGGCCGAGCUGCCGGCGCUGCGGGAGCGAUCGGCCGAGCAGGACCAGGCGGUGCAGCGGCUGCAGGCGGAGGCGGCGGAGCAGGCGGCGCGGCUGGCGGGGCUGCAGCAAGCCAACGCGCGGCUGGCGGAGGAGAACCGGGGGCUCAGCGAGAGCCGCAGCCGCGGGCAGCAGCGCUUGGAAGCGGAGCUGGGCCAGGCCAGGGAGAGACACGCGCGGGAGAUGGAGCGGCUGCGGGCGGCGUCGGAGGAGCUGGUGGCCGGCAGCCGGCAAGAGGCCGAGGAGGCGGCGCGGAAGCUGGAGGCGAUGAGGAGCGAGCACGAGAGCAGCAAAGCGGCGGCGCUGGAGGAGAGGAAGAAGCUGCUGGAGGAGAGGCAGAAGCUGACGGCGCAGGUGGAGCAGCUGGAGGUAUUUCGGAAGGAGCAAACCAAGCAGGUGGAGGAGCUGAAUAAAAAGCUGACCCAGCACGAGAAAGCCACGCGCAGCCAGCAGCAGCGAGUUAAGGAGCUGCAGGCAGAAGCCACCCGGCAGCAGGACAAGGUGACGGAGCUGCAGGCGCAGCUCGCCCAGAAGGAGCAAGCGGCCGAGCACUACAAAGGCCAGAUGGAAAAGGCAAAAACUCACUAUGACGCAAAGAAGCAGCAGAACCAGGACCUGGCGGAGAAGCUGAAGGCCAUGGAGCAGCUGCAGAAGGAGAACGCGGAGCUGCGGAGCGAGUCGGAGAGGUUGGCCAAGGAGCUGGAGCGGAGCGUCCUGCAGGCCAAGGAGUCGGAGCUGAGCUGCAGGAACCUCAGCAGCCAGGUCCGCAGCCUGGAGGCUCAGGUCGAAUUUGCCAAUCGGCAGCUCCGGGAUCUUGGCAAGUUCCAGGUGACGCCGGACACACUGAAGGGCCAGGAGACUUUCAGCCAGAACCCUGCGGACCUCAGCGCCGACAGCCUCGACCUCAGCAUGGACGACGCGCAGCCGCUCAACUCCACCAGGAAGGCCGGUCGCUCGCGGUUGGAGACGUCGGUGGCGUCGCAGCAGCUGCCGCGCAAGGUGGAGUCCCUGGAGAGCCUCUACUUCACCCCCAUCCCCAGCCGGACGCGGUCGCGGCUGGAGAGCAGCGCCGGCUCCCUGGGCGACGUCUCGCUUGAUUCCGGCUGCAAAACCCGCUCGGCGCGGCGCCGCACCACCAUCAACAUCACCAUGACCAAAAAACAAGCCAAGACCGAGGAACCCUCCAGCGCCGACAUCUCCUUCCGCAGCCUCCCGGCGCCUCCGCCCCCGAACGCCGACCCCGGCAGGAGCCGCCUGCGCUCGGCCGCCUCCACCCGCUCCCUCGCCAGCUUCUCCUCCCAGGAGUCCCUGGUCAAGCUGGAAACCUCCUCCCCCCAGGACCCCCCCAGCAAUUCGGCGCUGCUGGGGCUCCCCGGCUACCGGCCGGUCACCCGCAGCUCCCUGCGGCGCUUGCAGGGGGGCAGCAGCAGCUCCAGCCUCGGCCGGAGCAGCUUCUACCUGGGGACGUGCCAGGACGAGCCGGAGCAGCUGGACGACUGGAACCGCAUCGCGGAGCUGCAGCAGCGGAACCGCGCCUGCCCCCCCCACCUCAAAACCUGCUACCCCCUGGAGAGCCGGCCCUCCAACAUCCUGGGGACCAUCACGGACGAGGAGAUGAAGACGGGGGACCCCGAGGAGACGCUGCGCCGCGCCAGCAUGCAGCCCGGCCCCAUUGGCACCGGCAUCACCACCCGCCAGCAGCGCAAACGCCUCUCGGACGAGUCCCACCAGGGCCCCGACACCCCCGAGUCCAAGAAGCCAACCAGCUGCUUCCCGCGGCCGCAGACCCCGCGGGAGCGGCGCAGCUCCCAGCUCGUCCGCAGGAGCCAAGUGCAGCCCCCGGCCAAGCAGGUCGACAAGCGCCAGUCGCUGGCGUUCAGCAUCCUCAACACCCCCAAGAAGCUGGGGAACAGCCUCCUGCGCCGGGCGGCCGGGCGGAAAAGCACCCCCAAGGGCACCCCCCGCAGCGGCGCCCGCCGCUCCCCCCGCAUCGCCAGCGCCAAGUCGCCCAAGGGCAAGCCCAGUCGCCGAUCAGUCAAGGACACAAAAGUCUGAGGUGGCCCCAACGUGGGGAGGGCAAAGUGUCCCCUGUCCCCAGCCUGUGCUCCUCCCUGUCCCCCCACCUCUCCCUGUCCCCCCAGGGUCCACCAGCCCUGGUUGGGGGGACACAGAUGGCGCCACCUUCCCCGUGUGACACUGCCCUGUGUCCCACUGCUGUCCCUGGGCUAUGGGGGCACCUCCAGCAUCUGCACAUGGGGUGGGGGGGUCCCGAUCCUGCAGCCCCCCAGGAUGGGGACAUGGGGGAUGGAACAUCCUGGGAGCCCCUGGGGACAGCGUAGGGGGGGGGACGGUGACAUUUUUAACGUGUUUCUACUUGUAAAUAAAUUGUAUUUUUCUCCUGC